CAAGGCCUCUCUCUCUCUCUCUCUCUCUCUAGUGUUUGUAUGCUGCUGUUCUCUUCUGAUCACCACUCCAUGUAAGAUUGCACUUUUGCCCUUCUGUUAGUGUAAAGCUCACAGAACACACCAAAACUCCAUAACUCUUUCUCUCUCUUAAAUCUUGGCUUGGCUGCUUCUGGCAGCAAGAAGUGGAGGAGGAGCUACUCCUACUACUAGUGCUAAGUGCUUAAUCUCUUUUGUUUUUUCUUUCUUUACCUUUUCCAUCACUUUGAUUGCUCCUUCUGUGUUUUUCUUCCUAUGCCAUGAUUAUCAACUCAGUUCCAUAAUUUUCAAUGUAUGCCAUUUCUUCACUGUGGCAUGAAGAAUCUGAAUUGGGGAAAAGAAAAAGUAAGAAAAGGCCCACUUCCACCAUAAUUCUUUUCCAUUGUUUAAUUCAAGAGUGUUCUUUAAAUUUUUUUUCUCUUUUCUUUUAAUACCCAUAAAUCUUGCAUUGUAUAUUACAACUUUCUUCUCUCCUUGCUUCUGCACUUUUAGUGGUGAAUGUCUUUACCACCCACUUGUUAGAUACUCAACUUUCAGCCAAUACCAUCAAAGAAUCCACCACCAAUAACUCUCUUUUUCUUUUUCUUUUUUUUUUUUUUCUUGAAUCUGUGUCUCUCUUCCAUGAAAGAAGCUCAAAUGAGCAUACCCCACUUGUUCAUUUGCCCAAUUAGCCUAGAUUUGUUCAAAGAUCCAGUGACUCUAUGUACAGGCCAAACUUAUGAUAGAUCAGCCAUUGAAAAAUGGCUUGCUGCUGGUAAUCUCACAUGCCCUGUCACAAUGCAGAAGCUUCAUGAUCUGUCCAUGGUUCCUAAUCACACUCUUCGUCAUUUGAUUGAUGAGUGGCUCCAAAUGGGUCCUCAAUUCGAUCCUGAUUACUCGACAACCGUUGAUUGUUUAUCUACACUUAAGCACAAUCUUGCAUCUCAAGAGGCUACCUUGGAGAUGAAGCUUCAAGCACUUGAAAGAAUCGAAGCUCUAUCAGAAGAAUCAAAUCCCAGAAACUCUUAUUUGCUGCAAUUUGGCUUCUUGCCUCUGUUAUUGGAACUAAUUUUUGAACAAGUAGAAUCCAAACUUUCCCAACAAAGCAUCGAAUUUGCAGAGAAAGCACUUUCUUGUGUUUUAAAAUUGCUGUGUUGGGGUGAAUACAAGUCCCUAAACAUGCUAAAAAAUCAAACCAAGUUGAAAUCCUUCAAUAUUUUGCUUGAGCAAGGAACUAGCAGCAUCAAGGUGAGUUUGUGUCAUCUUGUAGAAGCAAUAUCAUCAUCUCUGGAAACAAUAGAGCUGUAUUCCAUGCUUGGCGAAAACCGGCAACUCCUCCAAGGGCUAGUUCUUCUUGUUCAACAGGCUUGCAGGGCAUCUGAGGCUGGAGUCAAAGCCAUAUCUGCAUUAUGCUCCUUGGAAUCAAACAGAGAGAAAUUGGUUGAAGAAGGUGUUAUAGAUGGACUUUUAACAUACAUUUCAAAUGCAGAAAGACAUGAAAGAAACAUGGCACCAAAAGCAACAGCAACAAUUGAGCUUCUUCUAGGACUAGAGGGAGCAAAAGAGGCUGUGAUAAAUAAUCCCAAUGGUGUUACUGCUCUAGUUAAGAUGGUUUUCAGGGUAUCGGAUCAUGAAGGAAGUGAAAGUGCAGUGAGAUCCCUGAUGGUAAUAUGUAGUGAUUCUCUACAGGCAAGAGAAGAAGCAAUAUGUGCAGGAGUUUUGACACAGUUGCUGCUGCUAUUGCAGAGCCAGUGCAGUGGUAGGACCAAAAUAAAAGCAAGAAUGUUGCUUAAGCUGCUUAGGUCUAAGUGAAAUGAGCAGCCAAAACAUUUUUAAACAAAUGUUAUUGGGCGUUUGAUGCUUUUGUGGGUUCCUGUUUUCUUUAUGGUCUGUUGGGUUUUUUCGUAUGAAUGCUAAUCUGUGUAAAGA